GAUGCUCUCUGGGAACAUUCUCAUCUCUCCAGAUCAUGUUUCUCUUCCAUUUUGGGGUUAAUCAUAUCUUUACAACGUACAUAUAAUCUCCAGACAUAAGAUUCUGCGCAGGUACCUCUCUAUGUUUGCUACCGUUAUAAUAAACUAAUGGCAAAAAAAUAAAACAAAUACAUCUGGUGCGUAGUCAGCCGCGGAAAAAGUUUUCCACAUUACAUCUGUUUCAGCUUUAUGUUACUGCAAGCAUCGCUUACGUCUUCGGUCGUGUGGGAAAACAUUGUACCGUAAGCCAUCAUUUUACACAGUUUUAACAAAUUGCCGCUGCUGAGUUUCCUGCCAAAAAAAAGAAGAUGGCUAGUUGUGUUCUUGUACCAAACCAAGGCAAUAACAGUGCAAUGAUUUCACACUGAGACGUUACUUUAAUGGUACAGUAAUUUUAUCGUCCUUUCGUAAACUGUCGGAAGUUCGUUGGAGCGAGCAGUUAAUCAUCUGUGCUAACCAGUGCAUCCGGGAAAACGAUCCAUUGACCUGCAGAAAGCACUAGCUGAAACUCUUGCCAAAAAGUAAACAACCAAAAUGGCCGUCGGGAGAGUGGCUGGCACGGGAAAUAUUGGAUACUCUUCGAACUACCGAACUGGGGGACGAUCCUACCAUGGUGGAAUAAAUGAAGAAAUCAUAUGGAUUAGUAUCGGGAUGGCGGUUACCAUCGCGAUACUAAUCACCUUAGCAUUAAUUUAUCUGGCCUAUGAAAAAUGCCAAAAGCGUCGCCAACGCUAUAUACAAGCGUGAGAAAACUGUGAACCCAUACAAAUCCUCGAUGUUAACCGCAUGAUGUAACAUCCACUGUUAGUAAACGCAAAUAGACCACCAGCUUAGAAAGGGAUGCAGGAAAACCACACACACACACACGCAUAGCAAUUCUCUACCACCACUAAUGGACCAAACUAAUUAAAAGAUUGCCUCUUUAGGGAAGCACUUAAAUAAAGACAUAAUAUAUAAGGUGACAAAUUAAAAGCAAAAGAGAACGAAAAAAAAAAACAAAGUAGCUAUAAACCCCCGGCGGGAAUGAUAAAAUCAAAUGAAGUCUAAUACCAACCACUUUUUAAAUGCUAUACAUCAUACAUUUAUAUACUCAACAAGUAGGAGUUUAUCCACUGAGCUCAACCCCACGAUGUGCGCGUGUAGCCAAAGUCUACUAGUAGGCAUAGCAGGAAUGGGAGGACAUUUUUGUUUGGCACGGGAAAUAUGAACCGGUUAUUGUUACGACAAGUAUAUUUAUACGCGUUUUAUCGUAAACCAGAGCCUAACGGAAACAUAUUCUUUUUGCGAAGAGGGUGGCCACAAUCGUAACAUUAUUAAAGCCAACUUUACAACACUUUUACUGGUGGAACAAAAUCAAAGAGUUUAAUUAUACUUUUCAUCGUUUCGGUAGACCACCAAACGACGGUGUAAAAUAAUAAGCACAAACACGGACAUUUUGAGCCUCUAGGAGAACUAUUCUACUGUACUAACUGUUAUUGCAUGUAUGCGUCCUGUUUUAGGAGUAAAAAAACGUAGUUCAAAACCCUCUAUCUGUCCAGUGUAUUUCACCAAAAAAUGUUGUUAAACUGCACUCGCGUUGCGAUAUUGCGUAUAAAAUUGAUAACCAAACUAACACAGGUACAAACACCUGCCCCUAACCGUUUUAAAAGUUACGUCAGUCGUACACUGAAACCAAACCAAAAACUGAUAAUGAAUUGAAUAGACACCAACUUAGUAAUUCCUCCACAACACGAUAUUCUUUACCCUCAUACCAUUUCCUGCUGUUCUCUUUCGAUGUGGAACAAUUUUAGCUGCAAUGUGCUUUCUUUUAUAACAAUAUUAACUAACCUGAAUAACGAUGGCAGCCCAAUGUUUCAACAAUACAGGAAGGAAGGAAAAAUAAAGCGAUCGUAGAAACGAAA